GGCGCAUGCGCCAUGACCUCUCCGUAUUUCCGUGUAGUGGAGCUGUCAGCAGUCUGAGGCGGAUCACCACACACGAAAAGAACCAAAGAAGAAGAAGAUGAAGAACAAAGUCAGCAGCACUCAAGUUAGUGUAAAGAGACGGUCCUGGUCCUGGCAGCAGUACCUGAACGAACAGAAAGCAGAAGCUGCUCCUCUGACACUGUUUACACAGUCCCAGUCCUUUCCCAGUAGGAAAACUGGUUUUAAAGUUGGGAUGAAACUGGAGGGCGUCGACCCACUGCACCCAUCCAUGUUCUGUGUGCUGACGGUCGCUGAGGUGAUUGGCUGUCGGCUGCGUCUCCAUAUCGACGGGUACUCAGACUGCUAUGACUUCUGGGUAAAUGCUGAUUCAGCAGACAUCAGACCAGCAGGCUGGUGUAGAGACCACAACCACAAGCUCCACCCACCUAAAGGUCACAGUGACACAGACUUUGACUGGCAGAUCUACCUUCAGUCCACAGGCUCUCAUGCUGCUCCUCUGACCCUGUUCACCUGUCGCACUGCAGACUGUGGGUUCAGGGUGGGGAUGAAGUUGGAGGCGGUCGACAGGAAGAAUCCUGGACUUGUCUGCGUUGCUUCCGUCGCAGACGUCGUCGAAGAUCGGUUCCUGGUCCACUUCGAUAACUGGGAUGACACGUAUGACUACUGGUGCGACAGCAGCAGUCCGUACAUCCAUCCUGUCGGCUGGUGUGAAGAACAGGGACGACCUCUGACCGCCCCUCAGGGUCAUCCAAACCCUGAGAGCUUCCUGUGGGAGGAGUACCUGCAGGAAACCUGCUCCGCUGCUGCUCCCAGUUCAGCCUUCACACUGAGAGCUCCACAUGGUUUCCAGGUGGACCACAGAUUGGAGGCUGUUGACAGGAGGAAUCCCAUGUUGAUCCGCGUCGCCACGGUGACAGAUACAGAUGACUACAGGGUGAAGAUUCAUUAUGACGGCUGGUCGCAGCAGUUUGACGUCUGGUGUGACAGCGACCUCUGUGACCUUCAUCCCGUUGGCUGGUGUCAACGCACAGGACACCCACUGGAACCCCCCCCAGGCUCCUCCCCCGUCCCUUCCCCCUCACAGGGUGUCUGUCCCACUCCAGGCUGCAGAGGGGUUGGACACAUUAAAGGAGCCAAAUACACUGGACACCACAGUGCCUUCGGCUGUCCAUACUCAGAUAUUAAUAUGCGUAAGGAGGUGGUGCUCCCUGAUAGGCUGGGAGGAGAGCGAGUCGUCACCCUGGUACCUGUCACCGUGCGUCAGUCAGACAGGAGUGGUGUUGACGUGAAGACAGAACUGAGCGAUACUCUGCUGCUUCCACUGGGGAAGAGAAAAAGACUGACAGACAGAAUCUCUCAGCCAACCAAAUUCCUUCAUAUGAAACAGGAAGAGGAGGAGCUUCACCUGAGAGCCCUGGGACCAGCAGCAGCAGCAGAGUCCAGUCUGCAGGCUGCCCUCCACCAGUCUGUCUUCCUGUCGGCCAUGUCGGCGCAGCCAGGCCGCGACCUGUCACUGUGCUGGGAGCAACACCGCAAACUGCUGCCGGGCGUCGCCGGGGUCCAUGCCGAGACUGUCCAACAGUGGAGCGUCCAACAGGUGUCCGAUUUCAUUGAGUCUCUCCCUGGUUGUGAGGAACAGGCAAAGCAGUUCAGAGACGAGCAAAUUGAUGGGCGGGCCUUCCUCCUGCUCACCCAACGGGACAUCGUGAGGAUCAUGUCAAUCAAACUCGGUCCUGCCCUCAAGAUUUACAACUCCAUCCUGAUGUUCAAACACGCCGAAGACAGCAGCCAAUCACGCGCUGAAAACAGGAACCAGUCACACUCUGAGGUAAGGAGCCAGUCACACAGUAAUGACAGGAACCAAUCAGACACUGAGGAUAGGAACCAAUCACACGCUGAGGACAGGCAACAAACAGACACUGAGGACAGGAGCCAGUCACACGCUGAGGACAGGCAACAAACAGACACUGAGGACAGGAGCCAGUCACACACUGAGGAUGGGGACUAUUCCCACACGGAGGACAGGAAGCGGUCUCACACCACUGACACCUGACACCUGCAACUCAUGACGAGCCAAUCCAGAAAACACCUGAUUGUAGACUUCGCCGCUCCCCCCGAUCCAUGGGCAGGACUUUGUUUUCUAUCCAAUCGUGUGUCAGAUUGAACUUUCUGAUGUCAUAAGAAUGAUCUCAGGCGUGUUUCUCUAGAAGUUGUCAAGUUGUCAUGUUGGAAAAAACAAAAUGAAACAAAUAUGUUCUGUCACAACACCUGAGCUCCAUUUCAGGCUCUGCCUCUGUUCAGGGGCGGGGCUUAAUACAGGUGUCCUUGAUAAGACUGAAACCUGAACCUCCUUAGACUCAACUCACUGAAACCAGAACC